AGCACCAUCCAUCUGGCCACCGCGGCCCGUGCCCGCCACCCACCCCAAAUCCUCCACAGGCGGCCACGCACACCUUCCCGAGACCCCGACUCCAAGAACCCAAGCCAUCCACCGCAACUCCCCCACCAAACCAAUCCGAGCCCAGCAAGAACCAAUAGCCAUGGCGGCCCCGUUCUGCGCCGCCGCGUGCCGCCUCUCCGUCGUCGCCCCGCCCGCCGCGCAGGCGCCUAGGCCCCGGCGCGGCCUGGUGGCCGUGCGGGCAGAGGCGGGCGCGGGCGGCGGGAUAAACCCGACCAUCAGGAAGGAGGAGGAAAAGGUCGUCGACACCGUCCUCACCGGCGAGCUCGCCAAGCCGCUCACCGCCUACUGCCGGUGCUGGAGAUCAGGAACAUUCCCACUGUGCGAUGGAGCUCAUGUGAAGCACAACAAAGCAACUGGUGAUAAUGUGGGGCCCCUGCUCGUUAAGAAGUAGAUGGAGUUUCUUUUGUCCUACUAGGGUUAUGUUGAGCGUUGAGCCGAACACUAUCCGAAUGUCAUGAUAUAUGAGUUUUUUUUUUGUAAGUGUGCAAUUAUAACAUCCUAUCACGACUGAAUUGAUCCUUCAAUCAGAAAAUAAAAUGAGUUGCUUAUGUAGUUCGGAAUGAUGGGUAAUCAUCGAAAUAUGUAGUUCUUAGCUUGGUGAUGGACGACAAUGAAGUUAUGAGCCUAUGAUUUGCCGUU